ACUUUAGUUACUGUACAAAAAAAUAGUGCCUGUGCCCAUAGGAAUGAAUUUGACUUUAGUUGCUCAGUUGUUAAAACAUCAAGAACUGAGAGAAAUUUUGAAAGGGAUUAGAGAUGCAGGGAAAAAGACUUUAAUCACUAUACACCAUGACACAGAAACCAUCAAAAGAGUUUUUAAACUAUUUGAGGAACACUUGUCUCGUCAUUGGUGGCAUGUGCUUUUUGGAUGGUCACCAACAGCAACCGGCAUACUUAAUACUUUAAUUCAUCCUAUCAUUGUGUUGCUUAUUUUAGUUAGUAUAAGCUUGAUUUUGUUUAUUGUGAUACUUGUUUGGAAUUAGAAGAUGAUACGAGGAAUGACGGCCCUAAGUUCCUUAUCAAAAUCAUAUGGUUUAGUCUUGAGAAACGGUAGGCACAUGUCUUGGGCAGAUGAAGAGAAAUCUAUAUAUUGAGUAAAAGAAUUUACUCAUUUCAAAGAAGAAGUGGGGAAUGAAACAUAAACUUUAAGAGAUUUAGAGAUUCUAGAGGAGCUAAGAUUUUAGUUAGAGAUAAGCCUUACUAGAGUUAAUUAAAAUAAAGGGAUUCUGUAAGUAGGCCUUGAUGAAGUUAAGAGUUAGUAGUUAACUAAGAAUUGAUUGCUUGUCAACACAGUGUUUAGUGAGCUGAGUUUAUAAUGAAGACUAUAGAAACUGACAAAUAGCUUUUAGGAACAUAAGACAAUUGUGGGCCUCCUCUCUUCUGAAACCAAUUGAAGACAAGGAAUGGGAGUUCUACCAAGGUUCAUAUUUGCAUUGAAAAGGUAGAAAGGUCAGAAUGAGGAAGACUUCAUUUACUUCCUCAUUUUGGGACCCCUCUCUAUGAAAGGGACCACCGACCCAUUUCAAGGAACAAACUACACAUGCUUAAUAGCUUUUGAAAUGAUUAGCAUAGGAAGCGAGGAAUGGCAUGUACAAAAAUGAUGAAUAUGUCUUUGUAUUUUGGGUAUUCAAUUCUUGUGUGGAUAAAAGGACUCUGUAAUCAUUGGAAAGGUGCGGUGGGUAUUUGGGAGCUAUCCCGCACGCUGUCCGGCGUCACAAUAAACAUACACUUUCUAACUUUAAAACUGUUAGAGAGGUUUUUGUCCGUCACAGUUGGAUAUUGGUGCUAGAUCAAUAUCCAUAUUUCUUUAAUAAAUCAGCACACCAAAGAAUGGCCUUCUUUUUGCCUCUGUAUAGUGCUAUGUUUCCAAAGUGACUUUCAAUGGAAUGUGUUAAGGCAAAUUAAUUGCUGCUUGUAGAUGGGAACAAACUUCCAAAUCCUUCACGUUCUCCGGCAAUCGCUAUUAAUUUGAGAAGUUUGCAAAUGUUGGAAACUCCUUCAGUUGUGCAAUGAGAAGUAAAGCCUUUAAGAAUUGAGGAUUCUUAAAUGCCCUGAUCCCGCAGAGCAGGGCAGGGUUUGCUGGUGGUUUGAGCUGUUCCUAAAGAUCCUGUCGGGCUGUCUUACACACUUGGAGCUAGGGAUUCCUUCCAAGCUGGGCCAUUUUGGGGGGGCUGGGGGCAGCCCCAGGGCAGGUGACAGUGUGUGCAAGGUCCCUUUGUGACACGCUGCAGCAUGGUCAGCCUGGAAUGGAACAGGACAGGGUGUCCAAGGGCCCUCCCUUUGUGACACGUGGUGACAUAGGAGCUGGCGGUGACAAGAGCACGCCACAGUGCUUGGUGCACGCAUCAGGACAGGACAGAACUGAGUAGUGCUGUGAGGAGCCCCCCCACAGCGUGCUCAUUUGUGUCUGACCCAGCAAUUUUCCAAGGCGUUAUUCCUGCAGCUGACCUCGCGGCCAGACUGUGGGACUUGGUGAUCAGAAUCAUUUACGAGGAGUCUCCUGUCAUUGUGGCAGGAGCCCUCCAGACCACAGUGCAGGACUUGCUGUCCUGCAGCCUUCCUGAGGCUCCUCUGUCUCAGGUGCCUUCAAGGCUCAACUGCAAUUGUUGACUUGGAUAUAUCCUGAGACAUCUCUCUAGAAGGUGCCUUCAAGGCUAGCUGGUGGAAUGGCGGGCAGAUUUCUCAGCCUGUGCAAAGUGUUCAGGAGGGGAAAAAAGAAAGGCCCUGGAGCUGCCCCAGCACAACAGCCUGAAGAGCCAGAGCAGAGCCAGACACUGCAGGAUGAUGCAGCCCUGGACCGGACACAGGAGCGGGAACCCACCCGUGGCCGCUUCCACAGAACCCUGAAGAUGUUCCGGAGGUUCCUGCGCAUUCGGCGUAGAAAGACCUCAGUGAAUGAGGAUGUGGCCAUCACAAGCACCAAAACGAGGGAGACUCAGGGCCUCACAAAUACUGGUACCACGCCUGCUCCAACUAUGAUUCCUGCUCCCACUAUGGAUUUUUUCAAAGAGACUGCUGUUCCUCCUCAGCAGCGGGUGCCAGCCAAGGUGAAGGACAUCCACCAGAGUCUCCUGUCCCACGUCUCUGCGGAUGCCAGGCUGCAAAGGGACAUUGUGAGGCUGGCUGAAGAACACCCUGCUGACGUGGUGCUGACCCUCCUGCGCUGUGCCCCAACAUGUGACAGAGCAGCUGCAAUGAUGUGGAGAGCCAUAGCCUCAUCGGGACCAGCAGUGGAGAAAGUGCUGCCAACACUGCUCUGUGUGAUGGAGAACUGGCCACAGCACAGAAUGUGCACCUCCGAUGGGGACAACGAGGCUGUUUUUGCCCUGGCUGCAACUCUGGUGAUCUGGGUGAUUGUGCCUGUGUACAACAAGGCGACGAUCCCUUUUACUGGGCGAUUGUUUGUGGCUCUGCUCUUCCAUGUUGCCAUCACCACACAGCAGAUGCCACCAGAGGAAGUUGCUAACUUCUGGAGAGCGUGCCGGGAGGAACAACGCCUUCCCAGCAAGCCCAACAGGUUUGCAGUGCAGGCCAUGAAGGCUCUGCUCUACCGACUGCCGAGUGACAAGGUGGUGAUGGCUAUGGAGCGCAAGCGUGGCUGGGACACGCUGCUGCGUGCUCACACCCAGCACUAUGCCGUGGGUCUGCUGGCCAGGGAGAUGCGCCGUGUCUCGAUCCUUUUCUGUUCUUGCAUCGCACCCCACGUGCUCUGGCACCUCAGCAGGGAGGAGCCAUGCUGGGAUCUGCCUGCCCUGGCAUUCCUUGUGGAGGUCCUGGAUUGCCUGGACUUGAGUAAAUGUGGUGGCAGCGUCCUGAACAUCAUGUCAGGGCACCUCCAGAGUGAAUGCAGUCAGAGGCGUCGCCUGGCACUCAGAGGCCUCGUGGUGCCCAGCAAGGAUCCCUCGAUGGCCGGAAGGAUGUGCAGUCUGUCUUGCAGCCUUCUGGAGCUGCUGAGGGAUGCAGAUGGAGAGGUGGUCAGCAUGAGCCUCCGUGUGCUCACGAAUGUGCUCCCGCACCACGGCAUCCUGCGAUCCAGCAUCAUUGCCCCAAAGCUGGCUGAGGUGCUCCUGCUGCUCUUUGACCACAAAAACAGCCACGUGCAGUUGCUCUGCAUUCAGCUCUUCUGUAAGCUGAUGGAAUUGGUAGUGGAUGAGGGGAAAAAGCCCCUGAAGACAAUUGUGAACAAGAGCCUGUACACACUUUUAAUCUACUGCCAUGAUGACAACUGGCACGUGGCAAAGGCCUCUCGGGAAACGCUGCAUUGUGCGGCCAAGUUCCUGAUGAGGAGAGAUCUCGAACAGCUGGUGGAGAAGGAGCAGCUGUCAAAGUUUGUCAAGUGCCUGCUGGCAGAGGACGGGAGCCGAGCAGCAGAGCACCUGCGCCCUAACACUGAAAUUCACGCCAAGUUAGCCCUAAGAGCUGAAGAACUGGGGUCAUCCUCUGGAUCCAGGCAAUCAGUGUCCCAAGAACAGCACCAGGAGACACUGAAGAGCACAUCACCUCUUAGUGCUGCUCGCGCUCCAGGCAGAGCUGACGCUGGGCACAAUUCUUGUGGCUUCAGCCCUCUCCCUGCCUCUACAUAGCUCCCUCCCUCUAGAUAGCUCCCUCCCUCCAGCCCUCAGACACUGUCCGUCCCCUUUUUUUCCCUCCACUCUUCCUGUCUUUUGACAGCUCCAUUCCUCUAGCCCUCAGACCCUGCCCAUUCCCUUUUUUUACCUCCCCGCUCAUCCCUUUGUUUCAUCUUCCAUUAAUAAAGAGUUUGGCUUUUUCA